AUGUAUCACUUUGUGUCCGAACAGACACCGGAACUGCGGCUCUCGGAGAAGGCACUGGUAACCAGCCACGUAACGCAGUAUCUGAGGAGCUUUCAGCUCGAUGCAGUAAGUUUCCUCUACGAGCGCCUCAGCAAGGGAGAGUUUUGCAUUCUCAACGAUGAGAGCGGGCUGGGGAAAUUAGCCACAGUGUCGGCCCUGCUCAGUGCUCUGGAACCCGCCAAAAAAACGCUGAUUGUGCUGCAGAACGACGGACAGCUGCUCGCUGGCUGGCAGUUUCACCUAAACACACUCACAGAUCUCUCCGUCUACACCAUUCAGGGUGUCAAAGACACCACCGAGUCACCGCACAGCGUUUACCUGGCCAAGUGGAGCAGUCUGCGCAGCAUUGGGGAUCUCAGCAGACUAAAAUUCGACUACGUUUUCGUGGACAAUCGCGGCCAUUCACUGAACAACAACUUCUGCAACUCCAUGCUGUUGAAGCAUUUCGAAGGCAAAGUAAACAUUGUAAUCUCCAGUGUGGACAUAACGUCUGACGUGAAGCUCCUGUACAAUGUGCUGCGACUGGGUGGACGCCUGGAGCAUAAACACAGAAACUUUCAGAGUUUCGAUCGCAAGUUCCACCUGCCAGACCCCAAAGAGGUGUUCAGCAAGCGCAUAGAUCUCGAGGAGUACUACAAGCAGCGUGGCUUUCUCAGUGAAUACAUCAAGGACUUUCGUCUGCGUCGGUUUUGCCAUCAGUUCGAUAAGAGUUUGCCGCUGGUUUCGCUCGAGCAAUACAAGGCGAAUCUGAAUCUGUGGCUGGCCUCUAGCAACAGUCAGAGCACGCUCAGUGGCUCAUCGGAUGUCUGCUCCACAGUGGCAUCGUCUGUGGAGAUCAAUCAGAGUCACACAGAAGAGCCAGGCAGGGCCGAGUUGGAGCACAGCAAUGAAGCCGUGAUAAUGCCGCCAUUGGUUUUUGAAUCAUCCGAAUCUGAGGAAGAGCCAGUAAUGCUGCGAGCUGAUGUUCCCGUCCUUGAUGAAAACGAAGUUUUGAUCGUGUCCAGCGAUGAUUGCGAGAUCAUUACGUCCCCAAAUACGCCGCCUAGGCGCAAACUAUCCAAGGAGUCGCCUUCAAUUAAGCCGCAGAGGAAGUACGUCAAACGCCAGCCUCCUGCCAAGCAGCCGGAACUUACCGAAUCGGAGCCAGAGGAGCAGGAGGAUAGCCCGAGGCAGAAAACGCGUGCAUCUGCGGCUGCUGCUACAAGAAAAGUCAAUGUUCGACUGAGGAGAAUGUCCUUGGCGGCGCCACAGCGUGAGAGCACUCCACCUCAGCAGGCAGCGACACCGCCACCACCACCACCACCGGUGACCCCCAAGACAGAGCCAAAGGCGAAGCGUCGUCAGGUCUUGAGUCCAUCAUCACCACUGAGACGUCCAGCGACACGCGGAAUGCAGCGUCUGACGCGCUCCGCAGACGCGAAGCUGAACAGCAAAUACUUGAUGCACAGAAUCACAUUGGAAGACUGCAGAAAGACCACGCCCCGGCGACCCAAAACGGAGACCAGCCACACUCCAAAGACAAGCAAAUCGAGGAUGAAGCAAGAGCCGCAGGAAUCGACCAAGAGGGGGCCAGGUCGUCCAUCGAAAAAAGCAAUCGAGGAGAAAUCCAACAGCAGGUCAGCCACGCCCAAGGCUGCAGAUGAAACACCCAAGCGAAGACGAGGACGUCCACCCAACAACGAACCGCAGCAGCAGCAAGAAUCCGCACCCAAAUCAAAGGAAAAGCCUACCGUAAAUAACUCGAAGAUUAAGCCCAUCGCUGCCACACCCCAAGUGGUGAGCAGCAGCUCCCUGUCCUCUGAGUACAUGCAGUGCGGGCAAAAGCUGCCGGACAACGUGGAUGUGCUGGAUCUGCCCGCCUUCCGCAUACCCUUCACGCCCCAGCCGGCUCCCCUUAUGCUGCCGUCGAACUUCACACUGUUCAGUGACUCGGAGGUGCUGUCCAUUCCCCUGACCAGCCCACAGCAGCGGGAGACUGUGGUCAUCUGCAGCUCCCACGAUGAGAGCUCGCAGCCGUGCUCGUCCACAACGCAGAGCCGCCGCACGAAGGCACUGAAGCGAAAGCGGAAGCAGGAGACACCAACAAGUGGCUCCUCACACUUCGGAAUGCUGCUCUCGCAGCAGAGGAACCCGAUUAAAUCUCCAGAUAUCUUUAGCAAUUGCUCGGACAUUUCUACACUGGCGAUGGCGCAGCCACCACCGAAACCGUCAUCGCCCUUCGAGGGCUUCAAGAUCUUUGGGUCUGAGGUGAAGCAGUUCCAGCAGCAGCAUGCGAUCGUUGGAGCUGCCAAGAAGAAGCGCGAACGCUCCUGCCUGGACAUCCUAGAACAGAUGUUUGAGCCGCGUGCGCCGGUGAUGUCCAGCCCCAAGGUCCUACCCAGCCUCCCGAAUGUGACACCACCCCAGCAACAGCAGCAGCAGCAGCUGCAGCAGACUCCGAAUCUGAUAACCCAACGGCGGCGAACAUUUGUAGAGGAAGAUUUCUUUGAGAUAACCAACAACGGGGAGUUUGGCAGCCGCCUGCGCCUCAACUCCUCGGGUGAUGUGUCACCUGUCCAGCAGGAUCGCUCCACGCAGUCGAACAAGAUCACCAACUAUCUGAUCAGCUCGGGGCCGGAGAAGUCGGGCACCAGCAGCAAUCGCACCACAUCUGCCACGCAAACGUUGCGCAAAUCGCCCAAAGCCGCCAGCAAGUCCACGCAGUCUACAAAGCUGACGCGUUGGUUUGGCUCCGCCUUCGGUGUCGCCUCCCAGAGCAGCUCUGUGGAAUCGCUGAGUGCACCCAGCACACCCAUGGCGCCAUCGACGAGCGAAGCAGCCUGCCGUGCACGCUCAGCACGCAGUGCAGGACCCAGCAAAAGGAAGCGCUUGGAUCUGUACAAGUGAAACAACCCCU